AUGAGUGAGGAGCGGUGGCUCCCUGGCAACGCAGUGGGCUGGCUGGCAUGCGGCGGCCUCUCUCUGCUGGCCAAUGCCUGGGGCAUCCUCAGCGUGGGAGCCAAGCAGAAGAAAUGGAAGCCGCUGGAGUUCCUGCUGUGCACACUGGCGGCCACCCACAUGCUCAACGUGGCUGUACCCAUUGCCACCUACGCUGUGGUGCAACUGCGGCGGCAGCACCCCGACUACGAGUGGAAUGAAGGCCUCUGCAAGGUCUUUGUCUCCACCUUCUACACCCUUACCCUGGCCACCUGCUUCUCUAUCACCUCCCUCUCCUAUCACCGCAUGUGGAUGGUCCGCUGGCCCGUCAACUACCGGCUGAGCAAUGCCAAAAAGCAGGCAGUGCACACGGUCAUGGGCAUCUGGAUGGUGUCCUUCAUCCUGUCAGCCCUGCCUGCCGUCGGCUGGCACGACACGAGCGAGCGGUUCUACGCCCACGGCUGCCGCUUCAUUGUGGCUGAGAUUGGCUUGGGCUUCGGCGUCUGCUUCCUGCUGCUGGUGGGUGGCAGUGUGGCCAUGGGUGUGGUCUGCACUGCCAUCACCCUCUUCCAGACACUGGCUGUGCAGGUCGGGCGCCGGGCCAACCACCGCGCCUUCACCGUGCCCACCAUCGUAGUAGAGGACGCCCAGGGCAAGCGCCGCUCCUCCAUCGAUGGCUCUGAGCCUGCCAAGACCUCGCUGCAGAUCACGGGCCUGGUGGCCACCAUUGUUAUCAUCUACGACUGCCUCAUGGGCUUCCCUGUGCUGGUGGUGAGCUUCAGCAGCCUGCGGGCUGAUGCCGCAGCUCCCUGGAUGGUUCUGUGUGUGCUGUGGUGCUCCGUGACCCAGGCCCUGCUGCUCCCUGUUUUCCUCUGGGCAUGUGACCGCUACCGUGCUGACGUCAAAGCCGUCUGGGAGAAGUGCUUGGCCCUCAUGGCCAAUGAUGAGAACUCAGAUGAUGGGUCCAGCCUGGAGGGUGGCGCACCCCCAGACCUGGUGUUGGAGCACUCUGUCAACCACAGCUAUGGGGCUGACUUUGUGGCCCUGGAUAGGAUGGCCAAGUAUGAGCUUUCUGUGCUGGAAGGGGACCUGCCUCAGCUCUAUCCACUGAGGUCCCUGCAGGAGGACAAGAUGCAAUACCUUCAGGUCCCGCCCACGCGGCGCUUCUCCCACGACGACGCAGACGUGUGGGCUACGGUGCCACUGCCCGCCCUCCUGCCUCGCUGGGGCUCCAGCGAGGAACUGGCCGCCCUGGCGCAGCUCGUGCUGCCCGCGCGUCGCUGCGGCAGCCUGCUGGCCUUCGCCGAGGACGUGCCCCCGUUCCGUCCGCGCCGCCGCUCUGCCGACAGCCUGCUGUCGCUGCGGCCCCUGGACUGCGGCCCGCGCAGCGCCACCGACUCUCCGUCUCGCAGCCCGGGCAGCCCGCGCCGUCGCCGCGGGCCCGGCGCCCGCUCAGCCUCGGCUUCGCUGCUGCCUGACGCCUUCGCCCUGACCGCCUUCGAGCACGAGCCGCAAGCCCUCCGCCGCCCGCCAGCUCCCGUAGGGACUGGUCCUCUCACCGUCCCCGCCGAGCCCCGGGCGACCCCUGGCGGCGGCUUGCAGCCGAGCCCCAGGCCACGCACAGCGGCGUCCCUCGGGCCUCUGCGUUCAAGCUUGAGUGCAUCAUGGGGGGAGCCUGGCGGCUUGCGCGCGGCGGGCGGCGGCGGCGGCAGCACCAGCAGCUUCCUGAGCUCUCCUUCUGAGUCCUCGGGCUACGUCACGCUGCACUCGGACUCGCUGGGAUCGGCGUCCUAG